GAAGAAGAAGGGUUUCACUGCGCAUGCGCAAAACUGAAGAGUUUUAUUUUGAAAACAGCAGUAUUUCUUCUUUUUUUUGGAAAAUAUAACUUUAAUUUACUACAAACAUAUAUUGUACAGUUUAUAGCUACAUAUGUUUUACGCAGUAUAACUUUUAAGCGCGAGGCUGCGACUUUAUUUCUAUUGUUUUCUACCGUAAAUUCAUCUUCAACGAGGCUUUUGUUUUGAAAGUUUCUACUCUUCUACGCGGCUGUUUAAAAUUAAAUUAGAAGUUUAUACCAACGCCAUUAUGUAGCUAGAUAAAGACGUACGUUCAGUGUCUCUAAUGUGUCUUUGUCUGGUUCAUUUUACUAAACUGUGAUGUGUUAUAACCGUUGCUGAAGCUGAGGUUAGAGGAUGUUACAGUCAGACUCAGGCGGAGCUGAAGAGUCUCAACUGGUGUUCUUUGACUUGGAGACAACAGGACUGGGUCAGAGCUGUGAGAUCGUCCAGCUGGCUGCAGUGAGUGGAGGCCAUUCUCUCAACCUCUACGUCAUCCCUCGGUGUCGGAUGCAGCGCGGAGCAGCCAAAGUAACCGGCUUCAGGGUCCGCAGACAGAGACUGUACCUCCAUCGCCAACUUGUCCUCACCAACUCCCUGCGAGAGGUUCUGGUUUCCUUCAUAGCUUUCCUUCAGAUGCUCGGACGCCCUAUCGUCAUCGGCCACAACAUCCGCCGCUUCGACUGCCCGCUGUUGGCUCGAGCUCUCGACGAACUGGACCUCAGAGCAGAGUUUGAGUCGGCAGUCUCAGGCUGUGUUGACACUCUACCGCUGGCUCGGGAGAUGCUGAAGGACCGCGGCCUCCAGAGUUUUCGCCAGACGAACCUGGUCAGGGAGCUGCUGGGUGUGAACUACAAGGCCCAUGAUGCUUUGGAGGAUGUGCGGGCAUUACAGGCACUGUAUAGUGUGCUUCAGCCCACGCCACAGUUGAUCUGUCGGCAUUGGUUUACUCUGGAUACCAUGAAAAGCAAACCAGCUGUCACAGCUGCUAAAUCUAAAGUGCCUCCAGGACAGCAGCCCCUGUGGGAGAACUCCAGAGAGACAGUGAAGGUCACAGAGAGCAAAGAAGACAAAGACACAAGGUAGAUUGCUUGAUGGCACAAAACAACAGGGCUGUUGUUCUUUCUGUGCAAACAGAGCUGAAGCUGUCAGUUUCCUCCAAUGGAUGAUGGUGGAACAAAUGAAAAACUGACUUCGCUUCAAACAUCCUCUUCUGUGAAGCAAAAACAAUGGAUGAUUUCAGCAACAGCUCGUGGAAGCUUUUGAAAGGAGAGGAAAGCUUACAAAGACAAUGCAUGCACAUCUGAUGCAGCACUUCAAUUUGGGUGAGAUGGGUUUGUUCUUUGCAUAAUAGAGCCUUUAGUUCUUCUAGACUGAUUGGCUGUAAGCUUCAGUCACCCCCUUUUGAUUAUUUAAAAAAACAUGCACUAAUUUAUUGCACAAUACUGACCAGAUUGGAGGCAUCAGGCUCUGUUGCAUUUCAAGAUGAUUGUUUAAAUCUGUGUGCUGUUUUGCUGCUUCUUCACCAUUUACUGUACUUCUGUCACAACAAACAGGCAUAAUGAGUAUUUCUCAACAAAAAGCUGAGAUUCAUACAUCUGUUUAUGGUUUAUGGUGAAAAUGUAGUUAAUAGUGGGCAGAUUUUUCUUGUGUUCCACUUUCAACCCAGCAGCUUGAUUUUCAGUCAUCAAUGUGAGGAAAUAGUGACGACUGUUGGAAAUUUGCAUUAUGUAUAUAUAGUUAGGUUACUGAGAAAAUGUUAUGUACUUUUGUUCUGAAGUUACUUCCAAGGUUGCGAUGAGUUCUUAGGAAUAUUUAUAUUGGAGGUAAAUAAAUCUGUUAAUAAAUGUAUUGUAUUUCUACA